GCCCCCCCCGGGGCUGUGUGUGUGUGUGUGACUGACCCCCCCGGGGCAGUGUGUGUACCUGAGUGCAGGAAGUCGGGGGCUCAGUGUCAGACUGUGGUAUUUACCGGUGGAGCCGCUGCGCCAAUGGUUACACGGGGCCGUGAUGACCUCCUGGUGACGGUCAGCAAUGGGAAAAAGGUCUAAAGCUGAUGGCAGCUUCCAGAUUAUUUGAAUUUGGCAUUGGAUUAUAGAAAAGCAUUGCACAACCUGUCUCUGAGCCCUCAAGAAGUGGACUUGGUUUCACAGCAGGCAGGUCAGAGUUUCUCACAUGAGCAUCUGGAUUGAGCAGCUGAUGUCGAGAGCCUGGUACGUAGCAUUGGACUUGCACCUGAAGAACAUCAGUGUGGCUGGCACGUCACAAUCUGUCCAAUAAAGGUCUUCCCAACACGCUGAAGGAUGAACUUGGUGUGAAGCAGGAACACCGAUCCUCUGAGCCCUUCACUGGCUGAGAAAAAUGAACCUGAAACCACAUUCUAAUAAAAUCAAGCUGUUUGCAGUUCUUCUACUCCUUACAGUGAUCGUGGUUUGUAUCUUCCUGCAACCGACACUGAAAACAAACUGGGUUCAGUAUGAAACCUGCCUGACGGAUCAUUCCAACCUUGGCAACAGCUUGGACAUUGCAAAUUUUACAAAAAACACUCGUCUGUUUCUCACGUUAGAGGAUGCCUGGUGGAAGCCACAGGGAAAGGCAACUCACGAGCUUCCAUAUGGAGUGAAAGGCACAGAGAAAUUUAUGGUGAAGAUAUUAGCUCGAAUCCAGUACCACAUGCCUGAAAAUAUACACAGAUUACCGUGUAAGACGUGUGUUGUCAUUGGCAAUGGAUACAACCUGAAAAACAGUUCCCUUGGAGACGUGAUCGACAAAUAUGACAUUGUUUUUAGGCUGAAUGAUGCCCCAGUCAGAGGCUAUGAGAAAGACGUCGGCAGCAAAACUACGAUAACUUUUUACCCGGAGUCGGCUGUGGUGGACCCGAGUAUUGAGAACACACCUGACACCCUCCUGGUCUUCCUGCUGUUCAAACCAGCUGACGCUCGCUGGCUCAUGGAGACUCUGUACAAUGAGAAAAGACUUAGGAAAGGAUUCUGGAAAGCUCCUCCCUUGCUCUGGCAUGGUGACCCCACCAAAACCCGGGUUCUGAACCCCUAUUACCCACACCAGGCGGCCACCAAGUUACUCCACGUCCCUCUCAACGUCCCUCCGAAGUCAAAGAAGAAAAUUGUCCACCCAACCACUGGCUUCAUUGCUGUCACCGUGGCUCUCAAUUACUGUGAUGAAGUCCACAUUGCCGGCUUUGGUUACCCCUUAAACCAGAAUAACUUUCCCAUUCAUUACUACAGCAAAACAACCAUGAAAGAAAUGGCUAAUUCUGGACACAAUGUCACCCACGAGCACCUGUUCCUGAGAAAACUGGCGGCCGCUGGAGCCAUCAAAUACCUGGUUUUGUGAUGUUUCCGAGAGAGAAAAACUCGUCAUAUUUCUCAAGCAUUUUUUUUUGAGCGAUUGUGAGGUUGUGUCACCCUCACUGGAAGCCAAAGUCUCCUCGUUCUGACCUGCGUUCAGCCAUAGACCAGCAAGUACCUGAACUUAAAGAAGAAAGCAAAGGCGGGGUCUCUUGUGUUCGGAACAUUGUUUGUGCCAGUGAUGAGGGGAUGGAGAUUUGCUACUUUGCACCUGCAGUGACUACUGUUGACUGCGAGGAGGGAAGAUGGACUCAGUGAGAGAUCGUUACUCACACCCCGGGAAUGAGCUGGACAUCAAGACCUCGACCAUCGGCUUCUGAAAGAGACAGAGAUGGAUUGCGUCGAUUCCUUUACUGCCCAACCUGUUUCACCUUGUAAUUGUCGUCAGAUUCUUGUGCUUAAACUC